CCCUUAUACUGCACAACUGAUCGUGCAGGCAGUCACCAGUAGCAGAAGUUUUCUCUCUCAUCUCCUCUUGCAAAGUUGAAUUAUGACCAUAAAACACGAUAGAAAAUGUACCGUUACACGGACCGAGAGUCAAAAAGAAGCUUUGAUCAACCCUCAGGUCAUUUCACUACCCUACACAAGCAGAGUCAACUCAACCGCCUGACUCCUGAUCCUCGCAUGAUUUCACAAACAGCACAUUGCAGGAGGAGAGAACGCCAUCGGAGAGAAGACUCAGGUCUGGCGGCUACAGUGCAAUCUUCUUGAUGGCAUUGGAUACCGAAAGUGACAACAUUGAGUAUACGCAGAUACGCAUGUACACCGAUGUUUCAAGCACAGUCAUCAGCCUUUCCAAUAUUGAGCACAUCACCGCUCUUCUUUCGAUCCACCACCCACCAUCCCAUCCUGCUUGAUCAGUCUGCCUUGGCAUAUUCAGUUACUUCUAACCGAGAAACCGGGUUGAUAUGCUAGACAUGGUUCGUGGAUACGCAGCAUACAGAAUGAACCGUGCAGAAUGCAGACCUUCUCUCCCUGUCACACUUAUAAAACCACAUAAUUAUCUCCACUCCUAGAUAGCGACCACUUCGAGUCUGCCAGCCAAUGGAUCAGGUUAGCUCUCCCGAUCCUGAGAGAUCGAUUUGGAGAAAAACGUGGUCUUGGGACCAAAACCAGCCACGCAUCCGUACCUGCUGAUGUGCUGUUAUCGGAGAAAUUGGAUCAUAUCGAUGGCAAAACGAAAUAGGACCCCGAUAUUAUUGUCUGACAUUCAUUCGCUCAGCCUUCACUCAUCACCAUUGCUAUCUGCAGUCACCAAGGAUGCCCACUGCUCGUUGCCCCAAGUCAGAUCUCACUGCCAAUCAUAACCAGACUUGGUAAAGGCGUUCAUUCUUGAACAGUCCCAGAACCAGUUCACCGGCACCAAUCGCGUACCAUCCCGCCUCAAGUUAACGGACUCCACACGGGGUUACCCGACAUCCCUUGCAGGUUCCCGUCCAAGCCCUUCCGCCUCACUUCAAGCACAUUUUGUUAAGCCAACCAUACCGCCGGGUCCAUACCAAACUCCCAGUUCUUAUACAGUAUGGAGUGUAGGAUCGGAAGAUGCCUCGGUACCUCCACCGCGAUAGAGAGGACACAUCUUCAGAUUUCCAACCAGGAGAAAAAGAUCGAAAACAAGCCAAGAAUGGACAACUCAAUCAACUACACUCCUUUGGUGUGUUGAGCUGAGCUGAAAGUGUCUGUUCGCGCGCUGACCCACGCUCUCGGACAACUGUCACCUACGGAUACUAGCCCCGUGAUAGACAAUCGACAUUCCCGGCACCAUGAGCGGUCACCUCCAGAUGACUGUAUGUAGCUGGGUAGAUUGUACUCCGUGCUGAGGAGGUCCUGAUUCUGAUUGAUCUCUCCGGCCCUAGCAUCGCGCCGCAUCGGUCUUGCCCACUGGCAGGCUUUUGCGUCGUAUGCAGCCACGACUGGGAUAGUCUGCCACCGUCCAACUCACAUCAGGCCAUUAUCCAAGACAUAUUUCACUAAUGCUAUAGACACACGAACUGAUCGAGUGUCUCCGGAUGCUGAGCGUUGUCUUGUUGCUGUUUCGACUCAGUACGAACACGACGAGAUAUCCUAGUCAAACAUUUGAUCAAAAAGCAAGAGAAGACUAUAAAUCAUAUUUCAAGUAAGAUGAUGAGCUAAAAAGGACGACGAGGGGAAAUGACGGGCGUUGUGAGGCGUUUGGCAGAUUUGCUUUUUACAAGACAAGUGAGAGUCGAGAGGUAAACAAGAAGCGCGAAAUGUUCGAUAAAGUGUGAUCGUCCACUCAACAUCUUGCACCAUCUGCGGCUCCCCCGGUCUCAUCACCACUUUGUUCCUUGGAAAGCUGUCUCAUUGGUAGAUUGACCGAGACACCAGAAUCCGCCAUGCAGCAUGCCGCCAUCGAACCGCUGAGGGCGGUGUCGGUGAACCAUCCCGGUUUUAGUAACCUGUGACACAGUACAGCACGUAGUCUAUCUACUUACUAUCUACCACCUACAUACCUUACAUGCAUGCGUGCAUGCAUGCAUGUACCGCGUCCGACGAUGGCUUCACGAGGAUCAAUUAUUUUCCCCGCCCCGGACGUGCCGCAAACGGUCAUGGUCCCCCCCUACUUGUAGGUAUGACACCGUUUCCGUCUGUCCUCGUGAGAACCCCUGCUCUGGGGUUUGACACUAUAUACCCGACGUGAGAUUAAAACCGCCGCUCAUACCUCUUGGUUGGCAGCCAACCUUUGAUGUCUUCUGCUGGUCUUUACUCUCUGGAGUUCAUAUACUCCACCCUCUGGUUACUAUGAUGGAGAUGUCUGCUUCGUCCCAUGGCCUCGAGACCAUGGCGUCUUUGUCCCUCUCAACCUCAGCUACGACCGACUUUAAUUCUUUACCAACGGAACUUCGUCUAAAGAUAUGGUCACGAGCGAGUGAGCCUCGUAUCGUUUUAUACGGUGAUCUGGUUCAAAAGAGCCGGUCUUAUCCCUUGCCUACCGUUACACAACUCAAUGCGGAAGCGCGAGAUGAAACUCGGCUGGGGUACGAACCAAUUGGUAAUGGAUCAUACUUCGACUUCUCCAGGGACAUCCUCCUCUGUGACCACAAGAUCUCAGAUCAGGUGACCGACCAGUACCUAGAUGGUCUCGCCCCGCGGAUACGGCGUCUUGUCUUCUGGGACUGCUUCCCUGAUGAUGGACGGGUGGAGGGACCCUAUCACUAUUCUGUCUAUCUAUCAGCGUGUUACCGGCAGCCAGAUUUUGGGAAAAUCGAAUUCGACAGGUUUUGGUUCCCUAACGUGGAUGAUAUGUGGAUUGUCAAGGUGGGGGAAAUCGACCCAGCGUGGAUGGUCCAGGUGAACCCAAAGUUGCCAUAUGAAAUGCGACUUCAACAGUUGGCGAAGCAGUUCAGAUACUGGGUGGACGAGAACAUCAUUGAGAUGGCACCCCUGGACCUGAGGGAGCCAGAAUCACAGGCUGUCUUGCAUGACGGACGUUGCGGCAAAGAAGAUUGCCAUGAACUCAACAAACAGCGCAGCAUAAUGUUGUCCAAGGUUGUCUUCCUCGACGGUAGAUACAAGGCUCCCGAUGACGGACAGAAAUGGAUCCGAAUCAUUUCAUGGCAAGCUGGUGAAGAUAAAGCCGUAUACGAAAACAGGAUGAGAUGGGUGGUUGUCGAGAGAAUUCUGACAUUUGAUUUGCAACGAGAUGGAUGGAGCGAAUCUGGAGUGGAAGUGAGACGACGUAGCAGUUGAAGGUAAUAGAAGUGGAUGGGGGAUACCUUUGACAGGCGCAAGGCUUUGCCAUACUGAACGACAAGAACAGUACCUCCUGGACAACUAAUAUCUGCGUGAAGUUCAACAACGGCACCAACACAGGGAAGAACAAUUUGACACUCCCUGAGGGUAAAUGAAGAACAGACAUGUAGAAGGGCUCAGGAUUUAAAGAAAACUUGUUGGACUAUUAUGUCCAACCAGAAAUGACGGACACAACGAUCGGAACAAGCUGCGGUCUAGCGCUAUCAUUUUGCGCAACUCAAUGAUGAAACAAGCAACGGUAUCUAAUUAUUUAAAUAUUCAUUCAAAACAUACUGAGGUAUGUUGUUUCUGUUAUAUAUUGCAUUUAUAAAUUUCAUUUUCGAAACAAGCGGAACGAUAAAAGAAACGACAAAACUGAAAGACUAUUUCCUCAAUCCUUAGGUAAACCUGCAUAUUAUAAUCGAACUUCUGAAUAGCUAAUGUUG